ACGUUUAUGAAGCUGUAAGUAAUAGCAGACUGUCUCAAUCUUCAAUAAUUACACCCCCACGACAACUAUCACCAGAUUUAGAAUUAAGAAACGAAUCAUCUGCUUUAAGAUCAAGGUUUGAGUUUCAAGUAACAGCACUUUUAAAACAACUAUCUCUGACUUUAGAAUCUGGUGUUGCAUUUCCAAGACAACCAUCACUAGCCCAGGCUACACCUUUAAGAAAGGCAUCAGUUCUAGAAUCGAAUAUUUCCAACAAUCCAAUCAGUUAUCUCAAUUCCAAUAACAUGGUUAUUCCAUCACCUUUUAGUGAAAUGUCAAUUUAUCAGAUCUCUGCAGAUGGUUCACAGCUUAUGUCCACCACUUCUUCAGCAUUAUCCACUGCAGUCCAAAAUCAAGCUAGUCAAGACUAUUUGGAGGAAUUGAAAUAUCUUUUUCUUUGUGUUCGAAAUCCUUGA